AUGGCUAACAGAGAGCCAGCAACGGUGACCAACAAGCAAAUCAUAUUCCCAGAUUAUGUGAGUGGAUUCCCGAAGGAAUCUGAUCUAAAAGUCACCACAACCACUAUCGAAAGUCUAAGGCUUCCGGAGAGAUCCACGUCAGUUCUUGUGAAGAAUCUUUACCUGUCUUGCGAUCCUUACAUGCGCAUUUGCAUGGGAAAGCCUGAGCCCUUGAGUUCUUCGCUCGUUCCACCGUACAAGACCGGCGAGCCAAUCAUUGGCCUUGGAGUGUCUAAAGUGAUAGAUUCAGGGCAUCCAGAUUACAAAAAAGGAGAUUUACUGUGGGGACUAGUUGGAUGGGAGGAAUACAGCGUUAUUACUCUAACUCCUUACUCACAUUUUAAGAUCCAUCACACCGAUGUUCCAUUAUCUUACUACACUGGACUUCUGGGUAUGCCUGGUAUGACUGCUUAUGCUGGAUUUUACGAAAUUUGUUCACCUAAGAAAGGAGAGACUGUCUUCGUGUCAGCUGCAUCGGGGGCAGUUGGUCAGCUUGUGGGACAAUUUGCAAAGCUGAUGGGUUGUUAUGUCAUUGGAAGCGCCGGUAGUAAAGAAAAGGUCGAUCUUCUCAAGACAAAGUUUGGAUUCGACGACGCUUUCAAUUACAAGGAGGAAAAUGACCUUAACGCUGCCCUUAAGAGGUAUUUUCCGGAAGGGAUCGACAUAUAUUUUGAGAACGUGGGAGGGAAAAUGUUGGAUGCAGUACUAAUAAACAUGAAGUUGAAUGGUCGUAUAGCAGUUUGUGGAAUGAUCUCACAGUAUAAUUUAGUGAAUCCAGAAGGUGUACACAACCUAACCACGAUCCUUUACAAGAGGAUAAAGGUUCAAGGCUUUGCUGUGGCUGAUUUCUACGACAAAUACUCCAAGUUUUUGGAUUUUGUGCUUCCUUACAUAAGACAAGGGAAGAUAACGUACAUUGAGGACAUAACCGAAGGACUCGAGAGUGGACCUUCUGCCUUGUUAGGACUCUUCCACGGUAAGAACGUUGGGAAACAACUCGUCGUGGUUGCCCAUUUGACAGUUAUGGAGAGAAAAUCAUUCAUUUACCGUGACUCAAUAAAUCAUAAUAAUCUCUAUAUCUUCAUCGCGAUUUCUUCCACCGUUGUGCGAUCCAUCCUCUCGUGGUUCACACUUUCAAUGGCGAGUCCAAGUGUUGUAUCUGAAGAUAGAAAAUCGGAUGACCUUGAAAUCGUCUCCGUCGGAGCUCUCUAUAGCGGCUCCUGGGAUAAUAAGUAUUGGAGUUCAUCUAGGAUUAGAUAUUUGGAUGAAUCAUGGACGGGUCAGACCCCAGAUAUUGCAUGGGAAAAGUUCCAGAAGACGGGCUUCUCCAACUUAAAAGUAUGGCAUGGGAAAGGGUUUACUUGUAAGAUGAAUGGCGUGGAGUUCUUUGGCUUUAAAAAUCCGUUGGUUCAGAGAUUACUCCGGGAACUUGUGACAAACUCCCAUGGGAUGGUAGAAUCUAACUCCAGCAAUAAGGUUUCUCAAAUCAGGGUCAGUGAUGAAAGACAAGCCCUUGGAGAUGAUGAGAAUAGGCAAGUUGUUGCCUUAGAUUCUGUUCAGGAAUUUACAACUGAUGUGCCCAUUGCUCCUGACAGUAUUGAUGAGUCUCACUUGGAUGUUCUUGGGAGUGGUCAUAUUAUCUCAUCUUCCAAGGAAGUCUAUCCAACAGAUCUUCCCAAAAAUCCCAUAGACGAGGAACAAGUUGUAAGAGUAGAUGCAAGCCUAUCGGUUUCUGCUUUGGAUACAAUUGAGAUCAUAAAGCCAUCUUCACAUGAUGUGCCCAUUGCUCCUGACAAAAAUAAUCAAGACGACUGUGUCAAGAAGUCUCUGGCAAUACCACGACGCACCAGUCAAACUAACAAGAUUUUAACCCAAUAUUCUGAGGAACUCUGUGCAGACGAAGGAAACACAAUGCAAACAAAGCACCUCUCUGAGAACAAGGAAGCAAAUAGUACAUCUUGUUCUACUGAAGGUAGUAAUGGUUUCGUCGUUGGCACAACCCCUACUGGAGUUAGUUCUGUUAGAAAAGAAACACAUAAGGUGUAUAGCAGGAAAAGAGUCUCGACCAAUCAACUGCGUGGAAACAAGAACUCAUCCUCUGAAAGUAAAAAGAGUUGCAGAAAUAUUGGAGAUGGUGAUUCAAUAAGAAAGAUGUCUCCUAUUAAAACCAAACGUAUCUUGGAGCCUCAGCCGACCUUGUCUACCAACUCUGUAUCAGAUAAAACAAAUCCACAAGGGGAUGGAAGCAGUCAUGUUACCGAACACUACCAGGGUCUUGAGUUGAUGAAGGUGAAUAACAAUCAAUGCACCAGUGUAUAUUGCGAUGAGGCGUGUGUGAUACCACAAGAUAUAAGGGCAGCUCAUAAUUUUGGAAAUGCAAAUACAUCACCAUCAUCAUUUCCAGCGUCAAAAGUUGAAAAUGUUCAAGGCCAUAUUGGUGAGGCACUGGAAUUCCAAAUCUCUGAACCUCCUUCUACAAAGUCUCAGUAUAAGGAAAAUACCAGGGAGAAUCGCAUAUCCAAUGUACCAGAAAUUCCACCUAGUUCGAGCGUAAAGCUCAACAGAGAUGUAAAGAUCAACAAUGAGAUGGAAAAAACUGUUGAGCUGCUUGGCUGCUACUUUCAUCCCAUGCCUGUUUCAUCAGUUUCACUUCAGUUUGCUGGUAAUGAAAUCUAUAUUUUUGUGUUGAGCUUUGCUACAGAAGAUAGAGUCAGAACGCUAUUUAUGUAUAAGAUAUCAGCUAAAGCACCAACCAAAAGAUUUUCCUCUGUUGUUGGUCACACAUCUGUCAUACUCCACAUUGUGGAUGACAAACCUGGUGGAAAUGUACCUGAUAGUUGUUACAUGUCCUCAGAGAACAAUCAAGAGGUCUUAUUUUCACGUCACUCCAGAUGGGGAGCAUCUUAUAUUUACUGGCAAUAUCAAAACACCAUGUUGCAGAAAGAGGGAAAUCGAUUGCUCAUGAUUGACUUGUACAUCAGCUCCUUUGAAGAGAACGCAGUGAGAAUUGUCGAGGUGAAAAUUGGUUAUGUUUCUCUUGUGACAAAACUUCAAGCAGUUGACAAUGUGGAGUGUGUGGUGGUGUGCGAUCCUGACUAUCUCGUUUAUGUUGUUAAAGGUGAAAACCUUAUUGUCUGGGCCAUGGACUCCUAUUGGAGAGUUUCUACCGAAGAGUUCAUUAUCGCAAAUCCUUGUACAUCUUCAUGCAUAGUGGAACUGAAGAAGAUCCCAAAAUGUCGUCAUCUCGUUGUUAGGCACAAUGGUAUCGGAGAGAAUUUACAUUAUGUAUCAAGAUUUGUAUCUCCCAGCAAGAGGAUCUUUGAGUUCAUACCAACCAGUUUGUUUGCAUGGCAGUACUCUCUACAUAGCCAUUCUACAAUGGAGGAUCAUAUCGACAUGAUUUUAGCAGCAACAAAACUGUGGUUCUCAAAAGGGGUCGACAACAAAGCAUUGGUUCCAGCUGAAGUCAAAGAUACAGCCAUCUGGAUUUUAGUCUCAACGGAUCCUGACCUAUACGUUAAAUGUGAUAGUGUAGAAAGACCAGUAGGAUGUUGGAGACUGGCUCUGCUUGUGAGAAAUAAAGUAAUAUUGAGAAGUCAAUUUGAUCCAAUGUAUCAUCACACACCUCUUUAUCAACCUGCAUCGGGCACAGUAUCGGGUCAUGGAGUAACAGGCACACUGGAUGGACUUGUGUAUUUGUGGGACAUGUCGACUGGCUUAAAGCUCGGCUCCCUCUAUGAUUUCAAAGGCCAAGGAGUUUCAUGCAUAAGCUCAGACGAUUCUGGGAAUAUAUGUAUAGCAAGUGAGGAUGGUCAGCUUCUAGUUUAUUGCCAUCCCACCAAGGAAACUCAAAGUCAGGGAGUGUAA